AGCCCUCCCCUGGUCCAUCGUCUGUGUGUCUCCAUCCCCCUGCUCGGAGGUAUUGUUAGUGGGUUUUAACAGAGCGGACACAAGGACACGGACAGGCCAAGAGAUGAAUGACAGAGCAUUGGGAGCAGUUUUCCUUUUCCUACUUGUCAGCUGCCAGAUUGGUCAUACUCUAGACUGCUAUUCGUGUGACUAUGGCACUUGCUUGAUUCCUAUAAAGACGAGUUGUGGGACUCUGGAAGUCUGUGUAACGGAGACGGCAAAGGUUGCUGGUUUUAUUAAUUUUAAACGGAAGGGCUGUAUGAACCCCUUGAGUUGCUUGACUGACUCCUCUGUGACAUUUGCUGGCGCGACUUUGACAACAUCGCCUUCCUGCUGUUUUUCCAACCUGUGCAAUUCGGCCGUCGCAUCAAGCGCGUCGGUAAUAAGCGUGAUUGCUGCCACGACGGUUCUGUGGGUGGCCAGACUCUUCUGAGCGGACGCUUCUCACGACCUGCUGUCCACGUCUUUCAUUUAUGCCGACACGAUGGCCUCAGACAUAAAAUGCAAAACUAACUUAAUAGUUAAAGGCAAAUCUAGUUAACGGCUUCUGCCAAUAAUGCAAACAAGCAAACAUUUCCAAACCAAUGCAACAUUGUCUUAACUCGGCAUGCACGUUUUGUUUCCUCUUCCUCUAAAUGUUUAUUAAAAUUUGCAAUAAACAUGUAUUUUCCAUCCUC